AUGGCCAAUAUCUUCCGCCAAGCCAUCUCAUGGCUCUACACCACCCUCGCCGUCUCCAUCCUCGGCAUCUGGACCCUCCUCAUCCUGGCCUGUGUCGGAAUUACAGCCGUCGACUCGAACCCAGGCCUCCUCCAGCUGAUCGCCUUACCCUCCCUCCUAACCUUUCUCGUCGCAAAGCUCAUCGUCGCCGCCUCCCCCUCAACGACGGUUCAGCAAACAACGGCAAACGCCCGCAACGCCGCCGCCACCGGCGGUAACCUAGCAACCUGGCUCGCAACAGCAGACUACGGCUCCCCCCACGGCGCCCUCGUCCUCUUCCUCUUCUCCGUAACCUGGCUCCUGCACCUCGCGCGCGUAGUCCUUGCGCUCUUCGUCGUCGUCCUAAUGGGCGCCUUCUUCGUCUUCGCCUCUACGCUCGACGUCGCCGACAAGGAGGAGACGGCGGCGAACGGCGAAGGGAUGUUCUCCGACGAAGGCGCGCGCAAAAACUUCACCACGGCGCUUACUGCGUUUGAAGAGCAGGCGGGCAUCGGACUGGGCGACUAUGUCGCCGACAACCCCUGGGUCAUCUUCCAGGUGUUUGUGGCGCUCUGGGGCAUGAUGAAUCUUCUGCUCAUGUACCUCUUUGUGUAUGCGUUCGGAGCGAUUCGUAAGGUGUUGACGACGCCGCUUGAGACGUGGGCGAGGAGUGGUCAGGAACCGCCGGCGCCUGCUCUGGUGGCGGGAGGGAGUCCGGCAACGGCGGCGGCCGCAGGGGCGGCACCGGUCCCUGGAGUUGUCGUUGAGAAGGAGAGGGUUGUCGCGCCGGCCGUGGCGCAGCCUGCGAACUGA